CAUCUCUCACCUCUCACCUCUCUAAGCUCUCUUCGUCUGCUGUCAUGAAACCCUCCCUUGCGGCCAGCUCCACCGCCGUGCCGUAAUCGUCGCCGCCUCCACCCCUUAAGAUCUUCACAAAGUCACUCAUCUCUCACCUCUCUUCGCCUAAAACUCCUCACAAACCUAAUUUUCUCUCUCGACGAAUUUCUGUGCGUAGAUCUAAGCUUUGAUUUUGAAAUCUUCAGACAUGGGUUUGGACAACGUCAGAUCAGAAUCAUCCAAAAAGGUCGGGAAGUUUGAAAAGAAACUGAAGUUCUACUCCAAGGUUAGAGAUACAGUUGCUUCCUUAAGUGCCAAAAAGGGUAUUAAUAAGAAGAAAAAACUUAGAAGCCGACAGAAGAAAUUGAAAGCAUACAAUCUCUCUUCCCUCUCGGAGGUCCUUCCAGAUUUGAAGGCUGAAGAGCAACCUGCUCCUGUAACUGAGUUUAAAGUGAAUUGCAAAUCUAGGCAAAAAUUGAUCAUGAAGGAAGGAGAUCAGUUGAGAACAGUUCUGAACCAUCCAAUUUUCCAUUCAGAUCCGUUGGCUGCCAUUCACCAACACCUACUGAGCACACAGCCUCCAGAUGAGAAACAAGAAAAAAAGUCUAGCAAAAAAGGGAAGAAGGCUAAAAAGCAAAAAUCGAAGGCUUCCCUAGGUCCUCAAUCCAUGGAAAUGUGAUUUGAUAUAGGAGCUUCUUUUUGAGUUGUGUUCAUGACCUAUGUAUGUUCAUGUCAGGUUUGGCACUUUCCAUUGCUUAAAUUUUGAAUAUGGUGUCCCUGUUAUGUUCAUGUCAUGUCCUUGGGGCUUUAAUUUCUGAUACACCUGAUUACUGGACAUUGUAAAUGGGUUUUUUCUCAAUUCCUAGGGCUUUCCUGGAGUCCUCUAUGCCAUUUUGUUCCUAAAAUCUGAAGUCAAGCUACUAUUGCAGCUUUGUUGAUCACAUUUUCAUUUACUUGCA